UUAUGAGUCGGUGUUGUCCCGCGUCACGUUACCUGCCAGACGGAAGAAUCAGCCAUUUCGAGCGAGUUGUGCGUUCUCUUGUAUUGGUAACAUUGAGGGAACGUAAAACCAUUUUCCACGUCGUUCAAAUCUUAAAGAAUAUCAGACUUUAAUCUCAGUAAAUUCAAAAUGGUCUCAGGAAUUAUUUAGCCGUUUUUUAGUGAUUGUUGUUAUCAAUCUGGCUGGGUGCGGCAGAGAAACGACAACGCCACAGAUUUAUAUGGAUAUUUCUAGCUACGAUCUUCAUCUUUUUUAAGCUCCAGAAAUAACACAAAUCUACAAUCAGCAUGGGCAUCGCGAAUUUGAUGUUUCCUGUCUUAUUAUUCGUGAACGGUGUGUUUGGUGUUGAGACGGAUCUAGUUGAGAUUCGUGAAUUCAUGGAAGGAGAUUCUGUCUUUCUAGGCACCAAGUGUAUUACCAAACUACAGAAAGAUGAUGUGAUUGAGUGGAGGUUUGAAUCUGUGGUCAUAGCUACAGUCAAGGAUAAUAAUCCCCUAUAUGAUACUGAUGAUGCAAGAUUCAAAGACAAACUCCAAAUAAACGCUCAAACUGGGGACCUCACCAUCAGUAACACCAGAACCUCCCUCUCUGGGCUUUAUGAAGUGAAGAUCACCAAUAUCACUAACACAACCUACAGGAGAUAUAGGGUUACGGUCCUUGAUGCGAUUCCUACAAAAGUUUCAGUAACAGCGGGAGAGUCUGCCAUUUUACAGCAUAAUAUUGCUGAUAUACUCAAUUAUGAUGUUAUAGAAUGGAAGUUCGAAGACGGAGAGACUCCCAUCGCUAAAAUUGACAAACAAACCAGUAAAAACCCCUCAUAUGAUGAAACUAAUGAGAGAUUCAGAGUCAGACUGAAGCUGGAUCAGACUGGAUCUCUGACCAUCACAAACACCAGCACCACAGACUCUGGACUCUAUCAACUACAGGUGGAAGGUACAAACAUAGCUCCUAAACACAGGAAGUUUCGUGUCACGGUCGAUGAAGCUGGUCUGUCCACAGGCUUUCUAGUGCUGAUUACAGUGGUGAUAUGUUUGUGUGUCAUUGCAUUGAUCGCGGUGGUGGUUGGGAUUUACCGUCGGAAUAAGACACAGAGUCAACCAGGCCCGUAUUAACUUUGCAUGCAUGGCCAGAAUUAUCCAAAGUAAGCAUUUGUAAUGCAGAAUUUUGAAAUGCUAUGUUCAUCCUAAUGAUUUGCUGCACCAUUUAAUGACAAUAUUUAUAGGAUUUAACUAAAUGACAGCAGAAGAAUACUUGAAUGAUUUUGAGAUAUGGGUCCAAUUUCGCAUUUUAGUUUACGUUCUCUUGUGCAAAUGUAAUUUAUACCGUCUUUUAUAACUCUUUCUGUGCUUCCUUUCAGGU